AUGGGUGUAACACCAACGCCAGAGGUUGUCGAAAAGAUGUCGACUUCUCCCGACGACGUACCCGAUGAGAUACCUUCCCAGGAGGGCGAGGUCGCCCAUGCUAGUAACGGCAAUGUCAUCGAUGAAGGCCUCCAGCGCGGGCUUAAGAAUCGUCACUUACAAAUGAUAGCCUUCGGCGGCGUAGUAGGCGCCAGCAUAUGGUACGGAACCGGGUCCGCAAUCGCCUACUCCGGGCCCGUCGGUGCAUUAAUAUGUUUCCUCAUCAUCGGCAUCGACGUAUUCUUCGUAAUGCAGAGCUUAGGCGAGAUGUCCACUCUCUUCCCCGUGCAAGGCGCAUUCAUCGAACUAGCCGGUAGAUUCGUGGACCCGGCGUUAUCAUUUUCGUUAGGCGUGAAUUAUUGGUAUCUCUGGGUUACCAAUAUCGCGAAUGAUUAUAAUAAUAUUUCGUUGAUUAUGGGACUUUGGACGAAUGCGGUGCCGGCGUAUGCUUGGAUACUUAUUUUUUGGGCCGGCUUUCAGUGUACGUCGCUUCUGGGGGUCGUGGUUUAUGGCGAGAUGGAGUUUUGGCUUGCGUGUUGGAAGUUGGUGUGUGUGGUUGGCGGGUUCCUUGUUGCGAUACUGGUUAAUACGGGGGCGGUGGGUGGCGAGUAUAUCGGGUUCCGGUAUUGGCGCGAUCCGGGCGCUGUCGCGAAUGGGAUUAAUGGGUUUGGAAAGACUUUCGUUCUGGCUGCUGUGUAUUACAGCGGCACCGAAAUGCUUGCCUUGACUGCGGCCGAGAGCCGGAAUCCAAAGAAGGACUUGCCUAAGGCGAUUCGUCAGACGUUUUGGCGUAUUCUGAUUAUCUUCCUGGGUUUGGUAUUCUUCGCAGGGAUUAUUGUGCCGUAUAACGAACCGGGACUCCUGACGGCGACUAGCAAGUCUGCGCAAUCGCCUUGGACGGUGGCGCUUGUUAAUGCUGGGUGGGCUGGUGGUGGGAAUUUAGUUAAUGUUGUUAUGAUCACAGCGCAGCUAUCCUCAGUCAACAGCGCAAUAUACGUCGCUUCGCGCAGCUUGGUGGCGCUUGCUGUUAAGAGGCGCGCGCCAGCGUUUUUUGCGAAGACUACCUCAAACGGUGUACCUGUCAACGCCGUUGUUUUUUCAAAUACGCUUGGCCUUCUGGCUUUGCUUAAUAUCGCUUCUACUCCCGGGAAGGUGUUUUCGUAUCUGAUUAGCAUCGCUGGUGCUGCUACUUUUGUUGCUUGGGCGUUUGUUGGUGUGACGCAUAUACGAUUGCGACGGGCGUGGACAAGGCAGGGCCAUGGGGUGGAUGAGCUACCAUACCGUGCUUUCUUGUAUCCCUAUGGGGCUUGGUUUGUCGUGUUGCUGAAUUUGUUUCUUGUUUUCAUCUCUGGAUACGAAGUUUUCAUUGGAGGUUUUGCUGCUGUUGAUUUUGUGUUUUCGUAUGUGGUCAUUGCGAUAUUUACGGUGUUGUAUUUUGGUUGGAAGUUUGUUAAGGGGACAAAGAUUGUUCCCUUAGCUGAAGCAGACUUGGUAACUGGUAGACGGGAUUAUUUGGCACAGGUGGAGGAUGAUGGCUCUUCUAGAGAGAAAAAGAAUGUGCCAUGGUAUAUUGUGGUUAAGCGAUUUAUUUUCAGCUGA